AAGCUGCUGGACUUGUUUUUUCUUCUUUGUAAUCCCCACCCCGCAUUGAUGCACUGCAUGUUUAGCACCUUUCCCCAUGCACAUCGUCACUUUUGCUGUGUGAUCGUUCCACGGUCGUAUUGGUGCGGUGCUCGCCCUGAUCUGUAUUCAUUGCAGGCUCAGACAUUAGCCUCCGGGUGACACGGUUCCCGAUGCCGAGGAGAUGGACGGUAUGAAGAUGGUAGUAAAGAAGCCGGGGGGAAAUAGGAUGGAGAGCGGACCGGCCCUGUCCGCCCGGCAGCACUGCGAGCUCAUCCAGAACAUGAUCGACAUCUCCAUGUCCAACCUGCGGGGACUCCGCACCCAGUGCGCCGCCUCGAACGACCUUGCUCAGCAGGAGAUCCGGACGCUGGAGGCAAAAUUGAUGAACUACAUCAGCAAACAACUUCAGUGCAAACUUAAUGUGCCUAAGACUGAAAGAACAGAGAUGCUAAAUGGUUAUCCUAGAGUGAGUGAUUGGCUGCACACAGUUGGCGUGAGAAGUGACGUUGUGCAGAAAAUACCUGAAGAUUUAACACUAGAUGCCUUACUGGAGAUGAAUGAGUUAAAAGUGAAAGAGACCAUGAAAAGAUAUGGAGCCAGCACAGAAGAGUGUUCUAGGUUGAACGGAGCUCUUACAUGUUUAAAGAAACUAGCGUGGCCAGGUGGUGACAUGAAGGAAACAUUAUGGAGUCCCCAUGAAAACAGGAAAGAAAGCUCUUCCCAACUUCCUUCUGACCUCUCAUCCCCAGUGGGUGCAGUUUGGAUUUUAAACACUCCAUUUUCAAAGGCCAACAGCCAUCAGCCUCGCUCAAUAUCAGUGUCUGCAAUCCCUGUUUCUGAAUCCCAUGGAUCUUAUAUGUAUCCUGAGAGCUUCCAGGAUCCUUUCCCCUCCUCCACACCAAGCAAUAGGUUAACACUGAGGACUCCUCAUGGAAUUACAAUAACGCCACCUACAACACCUUUGUCAAAGAGGCAUAUGAAGUUGAAGCCUCCUCGGACACCUCCUCCACCUAGCCGUAAAGUCUUUCAGCAGCUGCUGCCUAAUUUCUCAACACUCAAAAGAAGCAAGUCUCAUGAAUCACAGCUUGGAAACAGAAUAGAUGAAGUUCCUCCCUUAAAGUUUGAUGCUCCCCAAGGAUCACCACAGAUGGUACGGCGAGAUAUAGGACUUUCAGUAACGCAUAGAUUUUCUACAAAAUCUUGGUUAUCUCAAAUCUGUCAUGUUUGUCAAAAAAGUAUGAUGUUUGGAGUGAAAUGUAAGCACUGCAGGUUAAAAUGCCAUAACAAAUGUACAAAAGAAGCCCCACCAUGUAGAAUAUCAUUUCUUCCUUUACCAAAAAUAAGAAGAACAGAAUCUGUCCCAUCGGAUAUUAACAACCAAGUGGACAGACCACCAGAACCACUAUUUGGGACUCUUCCCAAAGCUCUUACCAAGAAGGAACAUCCUCCAGCAAUAAAUCACUUGGAUUCAAGCAGCAAUCCAUCUUCAACUACUUCUUCUACACCUUCUUCUCCAGCACCUUUCCAGACCUCAAAUCCUUCCAGUGCAAUCACACCACCAAACCCUUCUCCCAUGGGGCUUAAAGACAGUCGUUUCAAUUUUCCAGCUGCCUACUACAUUCAGCAUAGACAACAGUUUAUCUUCCCAGAAAUACCGAAUCCACCAUCAGUAACACAACCACCUGAGUCUCCUGAACAUUUAAGUCCUGAAGCUGAAAUGGAAACGGAUGUAGCAGAAGAACAGGAAGCAGAGCAAGUUGAGGAGCAAGAAGCCAACAAAUCUGAGCCAGAGGACGAUGAUGAUGAAGUGGAUGAGCUCCCUACAUCAAGGUCCACCAGCGGUACAUUCAGAGGAAUGAUCUUCCGCAAAGCCAGCCAGACUAGUGUAUAUUUGCAGGAAUGGGAUAUACCCUUUGAACAAAUUGAACUUGCAGAUCUAAUUGGUCAAGGAAGGUGGGGGAAAGUGUACAAAGGCAAGUGGCAUGGAGAGGUAGCUAUCCGGUUGUUGGAAAUCGAUGGAAAUAACCAAGAUCACCUGAAACUGUUCAAAAAGGAGGUGAUGAACUACAGGCAGACGAGACAUGAAAAUGUUGUGCUCUUCAUGGGGGCCUGCAUGCACCCGCCACAUUUGGCUAUUAUCACUAGCUAUUGCAAAGGGAGGACAUUGCAUGCAUUUGUAAGAGAUCCCAAGACCUCCCUGGAUAUCAACAAAACACGACAAAUUGCACAAGAAAUCAUCAAGGGGAUGGGCUACCUGCAUGCCAAAGGCAUCGUCCACAAAGAUUUGAAAUCCAAGAAUGUUUUCUAUGAAAAUGGAAAAGUAAUAAUCACAGACUUUGGCCUGUUUGGAAUUUCAGGAGUUGUACAAGAGGGAUGGCGUGAGAAUGAGUUGAAGUUGAGCCAUGACUGGCUAUGUUUCCUGGCCCCAGAAAUAGUACGUGAGAUGGCUCCUGGGAAAGAUGAAGAUAAGCUCCCAUUUUCUAAAGCUGCUGACGUUUAUGCUUUUGGAACUGUGUGGUAUGAACUUCAGGCUCGAGAUUGGCCUUUCAAAAGUCAAGCAGUUGAGGCUCUUAUAUGGCAAGUUGGAAGCGGUGAAGGUGUGAAGCAGCUGUUGUCCACUAUAAGUCUGGGCAAGGAGGUUACUGAGAUUCUUGCUGCAUGCUGGGCCUAUGAUUUCAAUGAAAGGCCAAGCUUUACCCUUCUUAUGGACAUGCUGGAAAAACUGCCAAAACUCAACCGGAGGUUGUCACAUCCAGGUCACUUCUGGAAAUCUGCAGACAUUAACAGUAGCAAAAGUAUUCCCCGUUUUGAAAGGUUUGGCCUUGGAGUCUUGGAGCAGGGUAACCAAAAGAUCUAGUCCGCUGAGCCAUAUCUCAGUGCCAUGUUCAUGGUUAGUUCUGUACCCACCGUCAGAGGUUCACAUUGCAGCCAGUGAUAACUCCCUCUAUUGGAUUUAUUCUCUCUGUUUUACUGAAUUUAUAUUAACCCAUUCUGCACUGAAAAGGAGCGAUGCAGUGCCUUGCCUACCCCUUCCAGCGCUGAAUGGAUUAAGCCUUAACUCUACUUGUUGUGUUUGUUGUUUACAUAUGAUUUUUAGGCAUGUGAGUUGUAUUGUUGGUGAAAAUGAUUAAAUGUGACUGACUUUUUUUUUAGUUUUUCUUUUUAUCAGCUGUACUAUUGUUUGAAAACCCUUUAUUAGUAGUGUUAUAAGAUAUAAUAUAUUUAAAUUGUACUUUAUUCCUAAGCCAUAAUGGACUAAUGAGAGGCAAUAUCUAAAUGUGACAAAUUCUGCCUAAAAAGUAUCUAUCCGUAUAAGAAAUAACAUUUAAACAGGGUUAUUUACUGAAACAAAGUAUAAUUCAUGACUGUGAUUGUUCUUAAAGAACCAGGCUUUCAUAUGCAAACUGUGAUGCUUGCCACAAAAAAAAACCACAAGGAUACAGGCUUUAUUUCUGGCCUGGGACUUAUAAA